UUGAGCUUAGUAGUUGGCCGUGCUCGAGGGAAUGAGGAUCGUUGGACUGACGGGUGGAAUCGCGUCUGGGAAGAGCACCGUUUCGAAUCUCUUCAAAUCGCAUGGCAUUCCCGUUGUCGACGCUGACGUCGUCGCUCGUGAAGCGUUGAGGAGAGGAAGUGGUGGAUGGAAAAAAGUCGUUGAAGCGUUUGGGGACGAAAUUCUUCUCGACAAUGGAGAAGUCAACAGGCCGAGGCUAGGCCAAAUCGUUUUCUCCGAUCCAGAUAAACGUCAAUUUCUCAAUCGGUUACUGGCACCUUAUAUAUCCUCUGGGAUCUUUUGGGAAGUUGUGAAACUGUGGUUAAAAGGUUAUCAGGUUAUUAUUCUUGAUGUGCCGUUGUUAUUUGAGGCUAAGAUGGAUAAGUUCACCAAGCCCGUUGUUGUUGUUUGGGUUGAUCCUGAGACACAGAUUCAGCGACUCUUGGCGAGAGAUAGGUCUAGUGAGGAGGAUGCUAGGAACAGGGUUAAUGCUCAGAUGCCAUUGGAUGUUAAGAGGGGUAAAGCAGAUAUUGUGAUUGACAACAAUGGUUCUUUAGAUGAGUUGAAUAAACAGUUUCAGAAAGUUUUGGUUGAGGUCUCAAAACCCCUGACAUGGAUUGAGUUUUGGCGUUGCAGGCAGGGAGUCUCCAUCAUUCUUGCUUCUGUUGCCUCAGGUGUUGUUGUUUUGUUUGUCAAGGCAUUUAAUAACCACACUUCAUAGCCACUUAUCUCGUUUUCUUUCUUUUUCUUUUGGUUGUUGAAUGCUUCUGAACACGUGUUUGAUAAAUUUUGAAAAUUUUAACUAUAUAUCAUGUUUCUGAAGGCUUUGAUUACCCUAUAGUGGGUUGAAAUAAAGGGGAACUUGUUUGUGUUCUGCCUUUUUGAAUGGGUUCUGCUUCCAUUUCGUGACCUUGAGAAGGGCAUUUGCAAUGCAUCUACAAUUUGUUUGUUUAUCAAUGUAUUGUCGUGGAGCCAGAACUUUUUCUGGCCACAUAUAUGCAUGUUAACCAUGUGCAGAAAACAUUGUAUCAGUAUUACAUAUGGGUUGCAAAUUUUUUGGUGGAGGAACUUUGGUUGUUAAUGUUGGCUUUUACGCUCUGAUUGGUCAGAGGCCUGAUAAAACUCAGUCAACUAAGUGAAGAUAAAAGAGGAAUGGAUGAAAUUUGAAAAUCUCUUCAAGGAUUAUAACCUUAUGUCAUGACACUCUCAUUUUGACUAAACUUUUAAACCAUCUUUAGCUGCAGAAAUUUUUUAAGGCUUUGUGGCUUAGUAAGUAGAGGUUAAGUUGCACACUUUCAUUGAAUGUU